AUGCCUUCAAUUUCUGAUAUUGUUCCCUCUUUCAGGCUAGAUGGACGAGUUGCUGUUGUCACAGGCGGUUCUGGGGGAAUGGCUGCAGUUUUGAAUAAAGCUCUUUUAGCCCAAGGUGCCUCUGUCGCUUUGGUUGAUAUUGACCAAGCUAUUGUUGACAAAGCAGGUGUUGAAUUGACUAACUGGGCCACAUAUAAUAAUGUUGAACUUAUCACAAACGAUGUUCAGAAGAUUUCUUCUUGGGAAUGUGACGUUACCAAUUACGAUCAAAUCACCCAAGUUUUAGACAAAAUAUCUGGAUUUCACAAAAGUGUUCCUGAUUUGUUAGUUCACACUGCUGGGUUUUGCAAUAAUUUUGACGCACUUGAAUAUCCUCCUGACAAAAUGAAAAGUUUAAUUGAGGUUAAUUUGCUAGGCUCGCUUUAUUUUCCUCAAGUAAUGGCCAAAUUGUUGGUUAAAGCUUCCAAACCUGGUUCUUUUAUUCUUAUUGGUUCCAUGUCUGGUGUUAUUGUCAACUAUCCUCAAAACCAAGUUGCUUAUAAUGCCUCUAAAGCUGGUGUAAUUCAUGCUGUUAGAUCGUUAGCGACUGAAUGGGCCAAGUAUAAUAUCAGAGUGAAUUGUCUUAGCCCUGGAUAUAUCUUAACUCCACUAACCAAGAAAGUAAUUGGAGAGAAUGUUGAAAUCAAAAAUGCUUGGGAGUCAAGAAUUCCAAUGAAUAGAAUGGCUGAUCCUAAAGAAUUUGUUGGUUCCAUUCUAUAUCUUGCUAAUCAUGAUGCUUCCAGCUAUACAACUGGAGAAAAUCUUGUUGUUGAUGGUGGUUAUCAAUGCUGGUAG